AUUCAUUCACAUCUGCUCAGUGGGGCGACAAGGACAGGGCUUUAGGUGGGAAAGAGGGCAGAAAAAAGCUCACUUUUCCCCGCCGGGUGCCAAGAGAACGGGACAGGACUCAACUUCGAGGGAGCCGCAGCUGUGUGCUACGGACCGAUCAUGGGUGACUGGAGCUUUCUGGGAAACAUUUUAGAGGAAGUCAACGAGCACUCCACAGUGAUCGGCAGGGUGUGGCUCACGGUGCUCUUCAUCUUCCGCAUCCUCAUCCUGGGCACGGCGGCGGAGUUUGUGUGGGGCGACGAGCAAUCCGACUAUGUGUGUAAUACACAGCAGCCCGGCUGCGAGAACGUGUGCUACGACGAGGCCUUCCCCAUUUCCCACAUUCGCCUGUGGGUGCUGCAGAUCAUCUUUGUGUCCACGCCAUCUCUGGUGUACGUGGGCCACGCCGUGCACCACGUGCACAUGGAGGAGAAGCGCAAGGAGCGCGAGGAGGCCGAACUUAGCCGGCAGCAGGAGCUGAGUGAGGAGAGACUGCCGCUCGCACCCGAUCAGGGAAGUGUCCGCACCACAAAAGAGACCAGCACCAAAGGAAGCAAAAAGUUCCGGCUGGAAGGCACCUUGCUGAGGACCUACAUCUGUCAUAUCAUUUUUAAGACACUCUUUGAGGUGGGCUUUGUGGUGGGCCAGUACUUCCUGUACGGCUUCCGCAUCCUGCCGCUGUACAAAUGCAGCCGCUGGCCCUGCCCUAACACCGUGGACUGCUUUGUGUCUCGCCCUACAGAGAAAACUGUCUUCAUCAUCUUCAUGUUGGCCGUUGCUUGCGUCUCGCUCUUCCUCAACUUUGUGGAGAUCAGCCACCUGGGCCUCAAGAAGAUCCGCUUUGUUUUCCGCAAGCCGGCCCCCGCCCCGGCGCAGGGCGAGGGCUCUGCCCCCCUGCCGCCGGGGAAGAGCCUUCCCCCCUUGGCUGUGUCUUCUCUACAGAGGGCCAAAGGUUACAGGCGAUUGGACGAGGAGAAAGUUCCUCCCAUAACGCACCUCUACCGGCUGGCCGAGGUGGGCAUGGAGGCCGGAAGGGGCGCACCACCCUUCCACGGGCUGGAGGAGAAGGCGGAGGAGGAGCUGCCCAUGGGGGAAAUCCCCAAAGCCUACGACGAGAGCCUGCCCUCCUAUGCCCAGACCACCGAGACCGCAGGGGUGACAUUGCAGCGGGCGGAUGGUGCAGAGGAGGCACAGCCGGCGGGGGAGGGUGGAGAGUGGCAGGGUGCCGACGCAGAGGUCGAGGGGGCGGUCACCAGGGAGGGGGGCAGCGUGGCCCAGGCGGAGAGGAAGGCGUCGAUAGAGGACAGCAGACCUCUGAGCCGGCUGAGCCAAGCCAGCAGUAAGGCCAGGUCGGACGACCUCACUGUAUGAACCUGUGAGGGCGACCCCAUGCAUGUACCACUGUACGACACCAACACACCUACAGGAGAGCACGCACACUUACACACACUCUAGAAAACCUAUAGAGCGCAGACCUCCGCCAAGGCCUUACAUUGCCUGUUUGGGCUUAAAUUUAGUUUAUUCACGCCCGAAUUUAGGAAACUUGCCUAAUAUGGGCAAUGGAAUGCAAUUAAAAUGCUGAGGCCUCCUUCGUGGCGCAUGCCCCCAUCCUUCCACAAAGUUCCAAGGAAGACUUUUAAGUCGUCUUUGCUUCAUCUUUUUAAAAAAUCAAUACAAUAAUAAUGAAUAAAAUAAUCAUAGUAAAUACUACUAAUAAAAUGCAGCAAUAAAUACAACAAAUAACCUUCUUGGUGGAGGUAAAAAAAAAAGAAGAAAAAAAACAAAUUAUAAUUACAUAGCAAGUAAAAUAUUUUUUAAAGUGUGUUCUUGGUAUUCAAAUGCAGGGUGGACAUGUUUUUACUUGACAUAAAAAAAAACAUAUGUUCCAUUUUUAAGUAACAUCUUUUUUUUUAUCAAAAGGUUUUAAUGACAUAUGAUGGAGGGUUAGACAUUUUUACACAGAGUUUUAAGGAGAGACUUCUAGUAUACUUGUGUGUCUUUGCUGUAGUUCAUUUCCAUCUCAUUCAAACAGUGCCAUAAUGCGAGUGUGCAUGCCACACAAACAAACCAGUGCCUACUUUAUCCAUUUUUAUACGCAAAAAAAGGGGAUUUCGGGGAUUUUUUUUUUUUUUUGCACGUGCAAAUGUGCACACUGUACUAGGCUUUUUACACCUCAGCUAUGCAUCUAUCAAGUGAUGUGCAACCGCCUCAUGUUUACAGUAUAUAUAUAUAUAUAUAUAAAGUCAUGAGGAAAAGACCACAUGUCUGAAUGUCUUUUUCAAUGUCUCUGUUGUAGACUGUAAUGCCAUUUGGAAGAGAGUAUAUAGGGCACAUUUUGCUCUAUUAGAGAAUGAACUAUAGGGCCACCUCAGGCCAAAUCCGCUCUCUUUUUGCGCUGUACAAACAGGCGUCCGGGUGAUAAAGAUCUUGCCCCGUCAGCACAAAGUAUUGUUGGGAGGCGGGACAAUAAAAGAAAACGGUGGCCAUCACUGAAAACAAGCAUCCUUAACCUGGCUUGUGGGGAGAAGAGAAAUACUUGAUUUAGUUUAAGAGGAAAACACUAAACCAUACUCUGAGCAAGUGUACAUAGCACCAAUGUCAUUGUCUUAUAAUGUACAUAAUGUGUUGUUUUAGGUACUUCGCUGUCUGGACUGCUUACAUAUUUCAUGUCACAAUGUCAGAAACUAUCUUAACGGUGCCAUUAUUCACCAGCAAGUAUUACAAUUCAUUUAAACCAUAUUUCUGUGCCUUUGAUGGAAAUCUCUAGCUUUAAAAUCUACAUAUAUAUACACACACACAUGCUUGACCUCUGAGAAUUUUGGAAUUUUACAUGCAAACUCCCCAAAAUUGCAUGUGGGCUCAGAAUAUAUCCAGUAGGAGCAAACACACACAUAUAUAUAUAUAUACAGUAUACACACACAUAUAUAUAUAUAUAUGUAUAUGUUCUUGCAGGGCAGCUUUGACCCUUUUCGGACCUUUAAUCCGACUUUAACAUCCCAUAACAAUCCAAAGAGCAGAAUGACUAAGAACAAGGUACUUGUUUACACCUAUAAAAGUGACUAUAUGACUAGUAAUGUAUAUGAUGACUGUUGCAUUGCUUGUUAUGUUUGUAAGAAGGAAUGAUUAAUCUUUGGAAAGAGCGAGAGAGCGAGACAAAUAUCAUUUUUACUAACUUGUAGUCUUCACUGAUGAUAAUUGUGUAGUGGCAGUAUCUUCUUUUUAAAUGCAGUAAAAAAAAUAAUAAAACAA